UGUAAUGCAAAUCGGAAUUCGGAAAUCUAAGAAUCAAGGAAUACGCAUUGCAAGUUCAACUUUAUCCGCCGAUCAUUUUUUAUAAAUUUCUGGAAUAUGAAUAUAAUAAUGAGAAUAGAAAACUUUAAAGUUGUGAUACAAAAGUGCAUUUAAAUGUGGAAUAAAACUAUACUUAAAAAAGUUGAAUGAAUAAACAUGAUGCAUUAUAACGUGGUAUUCCUUGUACUGUUUUCAAUUGUACUAUACACUUAUGCUGAAGUUAGCGAUACAGACCUAAAUGAUUUGUCUGAGCAACAAAAUUCCGUCCAAAUCAACAAAUGUUGUGAAGAAAACGAAAUUGCUGUUGACUCAGUGUGUCGUUUAGCGGAACAAUACAAUGCAACCCUUUGGAAUCCAAUAUUUAAGACUGAAAAUGGAGAGGAAGUUAAACUGAAGUAUUUUAGAUUUAUACAUGGGGUACCAAAUUGUGAAACAACUGAACUGAGACCUAUAUUUGACUUAGGAAAAUCUGAAGACAAAUUGAACCUUCUGUCAGAUGGACGAUUGAAGCACUUAAUUCAUCAUCAAGUAAAUUCAGAAUCAAUUAAAAAUGACCCUUUAGUUACAAGUACAUUUAACUUGCAUGACAUCAUUACAAUGCCGGAUUCAAAAGAACCAUCAUCAUACAUUCAUAAUCAAAAUAAAUAUUGUAUGGAUAAGAUUUUAAUUACAAAUUCCAAUACAACAGGUCAAUAUGCACUUGUUUGUGUUCCAGAAGUAAAAAUAAAUUGGAAGGACUCAGAUUUCCUAAUGAAAAAGAUACUUAAUCCUAUAUUUCAUGCUAUAGCAAUGAUUUUGUAUUUGACAGUUGCUAUAAUUUAUUUUGUAUUACCAACUCUAAGAGAUUUGGCUGGAAAUAUCAUAAGUACAAUAAAUGUUUGUCUUAUUGUGAGCCAAGCGGCAGAUUUUGUAAGAAUAUUUACAGAACUAAGUAAUCAUGUCAGUUUUAUGGUGACAGAUAUAAUUUUAUAUAUAAGCUUAUUAGGAGCCUUCUUCUGGUUAAACAGUUUUGGCUUUUAUAUAUGGAAAACAUUCAAAUCAAGAAAUGUGUUUCUAAGAGUAACAGAUGUGCGCAAAUAUUGUUACUAUUCAAGUGUGGUCUGGUCAAGUGUAGCUCUAAUGGCAGGGAUGGCAAUAUGUGCACAUUUUCUUUUGGAUACAGGAACAAAUCCAUAUAGGAAAAUGAAAAGACAGUUUUCAUCUUCAAUACUUGUUGACGAUGUGGAGCAAGAAACUAUAGGUUGGCUUGGCAUAGCUAUAUUUUUUACCCCAGUUGCAUUUACCAUAAUAUUCAAUUUAUUCUUCUAUAUCACAACAUUGAAGGUAAUUAAGAGGAUAAAUAUUUAUGGAAGGAUACAUUACAAGCUAAAAGGAUGUUUCGAUUUAUUCUUGCAAAUGUUUCUGAUAAUGACAAUAUCAUGGUUGUUCCUGCUAUUAUCAUGGUUGAACUUUGAUGGGUUGCUGUAUGCACAUAUAGUAGUGAACUUAUUGCAAGCCAUCUUCAUAUUCUACACUUGUGUGGUAAGACAGUCUCAUGUAACAUUUUUACUUCGCAAAAGUUGUUGUUAUGCUCAGCCUGUACCUACCGGGGAGUGGGGUGAUGAAAUGACUCAUAUGAAUGGUGGUAAUUAUUAGGUUAAUUCUGCUUUCCAAGCCUGAUACCAAAAUCAAUAAUUUAUUAUUAAGGUCCCAUAGUUUUUCUUGGUGCAUAAAGUUAAUGUAUAUAUUGAUAUACAUUAACUUUUGUUUGUUGUCUAUUGAGUCAACUAACACAUAACCACAAUCUACUGGAUCAGUUAUGUUUGUAGACUUAAGUCUAAAAUUUGUGAAUAGUGAUGACAUUGUAUGUUCAUUAUUUACCUUUCUGAUCACAAUCAUCAUAAGAAAAUAAACAUAUUCUCAUAGUUUUAAGUUAAAGGAAAUUUUGAAUCUUCUCUAGUUUACGAUAAAGUUGAACGCAAAGUAAAAGUUGUAGUUACUCUGUGAUGUUUGAGCUUUUCCUUCAAAAUUUGUGCCUUAUUGAAUUAUUUUUGUGUGAUUUUUGGCAGCUAUAAUAGAAUUAAGAAUAUACAAAGUAGAAUAUAAAUGUGUUAAGUUAAACAAAUUUUACAUAUGUUAGGACUAAAUUGACAAAUAGCAUUUAUAACAAAAAUUGUGAUAAUUUAAAGCGCUCAUUGGGGAUACUUAAUUAUUAUAUUGGUUAAUCUCACUAUAAAAAUAGCACCAUACUAACAUUUCUAGGGUAUACAGAUAUAUACUAAUAGAAAUUAAGAAGCUUUAAUCAUUAUGAAAUUAUGACAGGAUGAUGCACAAAUCACUAACAAUAUUUAAGCAUACAUUUUACUAUUAUUGUAUUGUUAAUAAUAUCUCGAAUUUUGUAAAAAAUAUCCGUCCAAAAAUCACAAUUUUGGAAACAUUUUGCUCUCUAAGGACAAUAGGCCUAGAUGUAUGCACUAUAUACAAAAGAAGACAUUAAUAACGGUCUUAUUAUAAUUUUUAUUAAUAAUGUAGUUAAUGAGUAUACAAUAAAAUAUAUAUUAAAAUAAUAA